AGAACAAAAAACAUAUUGUGCUUCGGAAACUUCUGUGGUGAAUCUUCUGAUCUAUUCAGUAAACAACACAAUUUUAUUCAUUGACUCGUAUAGAUCUUCAGAAAUGAUAAACGAAAACGACCCCAGUUUUUCGUUAUUGUUAGUUUGCUUUGGUUAAUAUGGUCAAUAUUAACUAAUCCAGUUCCAUCUAAUGAUCAUUUCCUGUUUCUUCCAGCAAAUUGAGGAGACCAGAGAAUGGGAGUCAGGCCUAUUUCAGUGUACAAAUGACCUUACUAGUUGUUUCUUGUCACUGUUUUGUCCAUGCCCAUAUUUAUGCUAUUUAUAUUCAUAUGCCAAUGAACCGUGUUGGUUGCCUUGUAUUGGCGCUGGAACUGGUCCACUUAGAAUGCGACAACGUUUCAGGCAUAAAAUUAAAGGUUCAAUAACUAAUGACUUUUUAUUAUCAUGCAUAUGUACACAAUGUGUUAUGUGUCAAUUAAAAAGAGAUAUGGAUUAUGUCAUUAAAAAUGAUGGAGAUAUUUAAUAAUUUCUAUAUAAAAUUCAAUAUGAUCAAAUCAAGAACUAAAUUAUUUGUGUGAUAAUCCAUUGAAAUCUUAUAUAAUAUGAGUUAAAUAUGUGUUAACA